AUGGAUAAAGGUUCAUUACAAAAACAAAUUGAUUCAUUGAGAUAUCAACUACGAGUGGAAAAAGUACCACUAUCGAAAACAUUACAAGAGUUGAAACGAUAUAUUCAAGAAAAUGAACAGGCCGAUCCAUUAAUUCAUCCACCAGAUAAAAAAAGUAAUCCAUGGGCGGAAAAAAGUAAAUGUGUGGUAUUAUGAUUUUUUUUUCUCAACCAACAUCAUCAGCAGACAAUGACAUAACAGCAACGUUUUCCGAAUGUGAAUGAUGAAUUUUGUCGUUUGUUUAUUAUUGUUAUUCUAUUCUCUCAUUCGUUUUAUCUCCUCUAUGCAUAUAUUUUUCGAAGUACCGUGUGCAUGAUUUCGUAUCUGUUCCCCGCCCAAUUUCCGAUGACUUAAAAAGUGCCUGAUUUUACGCGUGUUCAAUAAUUUGCAUUUACCACACAGACGUUUUUGGCUACAAUUUUAUUUCUGUUGGCUAAAACACAUGUCUACGCUGAUCUCAACGCUUACAGUAUUAAUUUAAUUUGGACUCCCCCCGCUACACGGUCAGAUUGUGUUUCAAAAGCAAUGUCCUUUUCAUUUUUUCUCGAAUGAUCCAUAGAUGAAUUUUUUUCUAAAAGUAUAUAGUCAAGAUUUUUAUUUGUAUUUAGUAUUUUUUUUUACUUUUUUGUUUGUGUGCAUAUAUAUAUAUAUAUACAUAUAUAUAUAUAUAUUCUUGUAGAAAAAAGAAAGUCACUGCGUAAACGCUCUAUAUGUGUACGUGUAUGUUUACAAAUAAACAAAAAAAUUUUUUUUCUCAUAUCCGUAAUGUUAUGGUUCAAAUGUAGAUGACUUGUAAAAAACGUGUACACUAAGAGAAUGAAACGCUACGUGUCUCGUUUGAUAGAGCACUCCUAUAACAUCAAUGAUAACUGAGAUCAAAGUUAUAUUUAGGCAUUAGGUACAAUCUUUUGUUUUUUUGACAUCCA